AUGGUAGGAAGUGAGGUGACAACUCGUCCAAGGCUUGAAGAGCAAUGCCCCGUGUGCGGUGAUCGUGUAUCUGGUUAUCACUACGGGCUGUUAACUUGCGAAAGUUGUAAGGGCUUCUUCAAGCGCACGGUACAGAACAAGAAGAGUUAUCAAUGCGCAGCGUCUUCGAAUUGCCCAGUAGACAAAGCCGGUCGUAAACGUUGCCCACGAUGCCGUUUCGCAAAAUGUCUACAGCAGGGCAUGAAAAUCGAAGCUGUUCGAGAGGAUCGUAUGCGAGGCGGAAGAAACAAGUUUGGUUCCUACUAUAAACGUGAUCGAGCACAACGUAUGCAACGUAGCUCAUUAAAGGACAGUACCGUAACCGAUCUGGCCGGAAUGGAACAGACCGUAACCAGCAGUACUGAGCCGAUUGUGAUGCCGUAUCCGGAUGAUAAAGUGAAGUCCGAAUACGAUACCGUAUUGCAAUGUCUGACACUAUCCAGCAGCACACCAGUACAUCACGUGCCGACACCAACAGCACGACCUACAGCCACACAUGAAAACGAGGGUCUGGCCGGUCUACUCGGAUGUUCGAUCGAUUUCCCAAAUUACCGUAUCAAACCCGAACCAUAUGAACCGACAACGAACGACUUUCACCAACGCCCACCGUAUCAUGGUCAUCCAAUUGACGACGGUAAGAAAAUGCAAAUUGUAGAUUGC